AUGGUAUAUUUGAUGGCAUGGCAUCUCAGGAAACUUCAAGCACAGAUAAAAGAUCUUGAAGAUGAAAGAGUAGAACAAGCUAAUGAGAUGAAGCAAUGUAAAAAGUAUAUAUCUAAACUUGUAAUCCAUGCAGAAGCUCAAGCUUUACAGUAUCAGCAGAAGGUCAUAGGAAAAGAUGAAGCAGCAUCUCAUGACAACAAGCGAUUGUUCUAUUCUACCUUAAAAAAUGACAAUCCCUUAGAUUGCAUUGUCUCAAAAGUCAAAGUACUCAAAAUAGCACCUGGUGUAAAUUUGAAGUCUAUUCCACCAUGUGAUUAUUAUUAUGACAUGAAAUACAACAUAGAUUACUCCACAUUUUCUACAAUAAAAAAUGAUGUUCCAUGUAUUAAGGAGGAAAUCCAUAGUAACGGAAGCAAUGAUACUAACAUAAAUGGAACAAAUAAUAAUUUAAAACAUAAAAAAUAA